GCUCCGCGCCGGCGGACACGCACCGUAAGCACACGCAGCGUCAUCUUGAAACGGCGUUUAAAAAUAAGCUCAGAAUCGUUGAAGAGAGAAUUGCGAUGAAUCGAUUUUUUUUUUUUUUUUCUCCCAUCCCUAGUUAGCAAUGUGUUAAAUGUUGCCAACAAUGUUAGCAACAAUGCUAGAAACAUGCUAAUCAUGUUAACAAAAUGCUAAAUAAUGCUAACUACAUGUUAGCGACAUGUUAUGCUGCCUUCAUGUGCUCUCGGAAUUAUCGUAAAUACGAGUUUCCUAGGUAAAAAUUGCACAUGAACGCCUUCCCAUUUUGAAACUUGAAUGCGAUUAGCUUGUAAUCACAACUUCAGCACACUUCCGAUAGCACAUAAAGGCAGCAUUAAAUCAUGGUAACAACAUGCUAAAACAUGUUAGCAAAAUGCUAAUCAUGCUAACAACACGUUAAAACAUGCUAGCAACGUGUUAAAACAUGUUAGAAACAUGUUAGCAAAAUGCUAGCAACAUGCUAAAACAUGCAAACGAUGUGAAACAGGUGUAAUUUCAGAUAAUACCAACCUUUUAUGUGUGAUUUUAACAAAAAAUAAAUGAAUAAAAAUUGCUUACAGCGCUAUUAAAUUGCAUUUGUAUAGAUAUAUUUUUCUGUUUCUUAAACACUAAUCAGCACAGACAGGCGUUUAUUAAUCAGUGUGAGCUGCUGUAAUGUAAAUGUCAGAUGAGCACUGAAUCAUAACAGAUCAUUUCUAAUAUCUUCUCUGUAUUAUUCAGUAUUCAUGAGGUUGGUGGUUUCCAGCAGCAUCAGUGUUUGUGUGCGGACUGCGCAUGCGCGUGUUCACCGGGACGCGCUGCUCGAGAUUCUUCUGCAUCUAUAAGAAAACAUGCGAACAUUAACAUGUGUGAUCGUCAUGAGAGGACACGCAGUACACCCGUGACCGGGUCCGGUUCGGAGGAUGUCCGGGAGCGCGGCGGCGGACGCGGACGGAGGCGUGAAUAAAGUUCGAGUCAAACGACAGAUCAGGGGCAUCGUGAAGGAUCUCGAGAACAUCUUAGGAGACCUGAAGGAUGUGGCGAAGGAACUCAAAGAGGUGCGUGUGACUGCGAUGAUGAGGAGGAGGAGGAGGAAGAGGAGGAUGAAGAUGAAGCUGAGCUAUGUGGUUCAGGAGAUCGACUGCCUGACGUCAGAUCUUCAUCUCGAAGAGGACAGUUCGAAGACCGACACGCUCAACAGCAGCUCCAGCAGCAGCACCACCACAACCACCACGGCCUCCAGCACCGACCGCAUCAAGAUCUACCCUGAGGAGACGCUCUUCAGACCGGCACCGCUGUCUCCCGCCGUCCUCACGGUCCUGAAGAGACCCACGCCUCCGCUCCCUCCGCCCCGCACCACCCCGUCCAGCACCGAGAUCACGGCCAACGGCGUGCUGAUGCGGAACGGCGUCGCGGGCAGAGACUCGUUGUGUCGCGGCCCGAAAAGCGCCGGCGAGAAGGGCCACACGAGCCGCUGUCCUCAGACCACAAGGGAACGCGUCCGGUUCAGCGAAAAGGUCCAGUAUCAUGGCUACUGCCCGGACUGUGACCUGCAGUACGACAUGAACAACACGGAUCUGCACUUACACGCCGAGCUGAUGGAUCCCAAACCGAGUCCCGUCCAUCAGUGCUCAGCGCUCAUGGAGAACGGCGGCCUCACAUUCCCCUCGCAGAAACCACAGAAGACCAUUUUACGCAAGUCCACCAGCACGACCGUUUGAUGCAGACUGAGUCUAAACGAACUAUUUUUGCACUUCUCUUUAUAGUUUCCUUUUGUUUUGGAGAGCACCGGAUGGAGAAACGGGAGAAAUGCAGAAGAUGUUAAACGGCUUCUCGUACGCUGAUCAUCUUCAUUUCAUCACGUGGCGUUCAGCGAGCGCUCGCGGUUUCUGACAGAAACGAGCCGGAGGCGGCGGGAUAAAGCAUCAGAAGAAGUGGGAUUCAAAUGAAAAUCACAUUGUUAUUCCUCACAGCCGGUCCGCAGGGGAACAGCAGCGUCCCACAGAUGAUCUGAAAGCAUCUGAUGUCUCUGACCCUUUAAGAAGGAGCCGGUGUGACGAUCGCUGACCGCCGCUGAUGUAAUGCUGCUGCUAGCGAAGAAAAACCAAAAAACUACAAAGUAUGUGACAUCCAACCGCCGGUAAACAGUGUAACGCAGAUCACGUCUACAGUCCAACGCUGCCAUCAGAACACAGAGGUUUCAGUUUGUAAAGACCUUAUAUGUGUUUUUGUAAAGAAAACCUUCAAAUAUAAAAAGCAUAUUUUUGAUAUUUUAUAAGAUGAUUUUAAAGAUGUCACACAGUGUAUGAUGGAAAAUGUAUUUAUGUACCGAUUAAAAACAUGAGCCAAUCUG